AGACAGCAAAUGUGAAAAAUCGGGACGGGGGAGGGGGGUAAUAGGAGCCUAUAUAAGAAAAAGAUCCCAAAAUCAGGACUGUCCCUAUAAAAUCGAGACAUCUGGUCAUCCUAGCAGAUCUAUCCAUCCUGCCAAUGAGGGGCCUUUUCCUAUUUGUGGCCUAAAGUCAGCUGACAGAAUGGCAUACCUGCUGGGCAAUCCAAACUGUAUGGAGAGCUUGAGGAAGGACAUCACCGAUCUACAAGGAGCCAUCAUUGAUGUCUUUUCCCGGGCUGGGGCAGUGCGUUAUCCCUCCUGGAAGUUUCCCAAUAAAGUGUCCUGUGAUCUGGAUCUGGUGGCUUUGCUGGAGCAUUAUGACUAUGUGGAGAAUGACCCUGAAUUUACCCAGCAUUCCCAUGUAAUGCUCCUCGAACUGGUGAUUGACAGGCUGCUUUUGCUGCUUCAGAGCUUCACAGGCUACAUGGAGAAUCUCAUCAGCAAACAAGCUGUGCCCCCGUCCCAGGCAGUGGGACCCUGCAUGUCCAUUGGGCUGGCUGUGAGGAAGUACUGGAACAGCACACUGAAACUGGGAGCGCUCCAUCAGCAGCUAGUGACUGAGAAGAAAUCUAACAGGAGGGACAUCUCUGCACUGAAAUCUACCCUGCAAGACGUGAAAGCUGAGAAUGAGCAUUUGAAAAGCUGCUCACCCAUGAUUUCAGAAUCAGGUGCAUCAUUAGCCAGUGCCCAGUCAACCCUCUCCUGUCUACCACAAACCAUCCAUGGGCCAGACUGUGAUUUCUCAGACACCUCGCAGCCACGGUCUGCAUAUGGUGUCACCAAGAAUGUCUGUAGUGUCCAUUCUCAGACAAUUGAGUCAUCUCUGGUGCCCUGCGAUGUAUGUGCAAGUGGCCAGGCCAGCCUCCGGGAGGUCGGUAAAGCCAUCAUCAGCAUCUGCCACAGCCAGAACAUCCCCUCAUCCCUGGGCAAAUUCCAAGAGAUGGUUGAGGAGACCUUAGGCAACAAGCCACUCACCGCUAUGGACAUGAGUUUCUGGGCAUCAGAACAGAGCAAAGACCUCUCCCGUAUCAACAAACAUCUUGGGGGGCUGAUGCAGCUGAUAAACCCUUUGAAGGCAGAGCUGGAAGAAUCUGAGAAACAGAAGGAUGAACUGAGGAAGCAGGUUGAGGACUUUGACAAGCUUCUUCAGAAGGAGAAUGAGACCCAGGAACGGCAGAGGAAGGCGGCUGAGCAGUACUUGGAGGAAAAGAUCAAAGAGAAUUUGCAGAUCACAGCCAAACUGGAGAAGGACAAGGAAGAUCUACGGACAGGAGCUGUUGUGCUGGAGGAGAGAAUUUCCACCUUGAAAGAAGAGCUGCUGUCACAGCAAGCUACCAUGCGAGAGCUGGAGCUGACCAAAAGCACCCUGCUGGAGGAGAUGAGGACUAAGAUGGCCCACAAGAGCCAGAUGACGAAGCUGGAAGGCCAAGUGCAGCUGCUAACCAGCCAGUUGGAGAACGCAAGCCACACGCUCAGUGGGGCCACCACCCAGCUGGACAAGGAGAAGGCCAAAGUGGAAAGCAUGCUCAGGCAUGAGGAGUCGCUCCAGGCCAAGCAGAGGGCCCUGUUGCAACAGCUGGACUGCCUGGAUCAGGAGUGUGAGGAGCUGAGGGCCAGCCUAGGCGAAGCGGAGGACGACAAGGCUAAGCUGGAGCAACAGCUGAAGGAGACACAGGCUGAGAAGCGGCAGGUUCAGGGCCAGCUCGAAGCCCAGCAGCAGCUAAUGGAGAACCUGCAGCAGGAGAAGCUGAGCUUCGAGCAGUCUACAUCUGAACUACUCAGGAACAUCUCUGAGCUGGAUGAGCUGCUCCAGGAGCUGAAGGAGAGGGAGAGGCUGCUGGUGUCCUUUCCAGACCUCCACAUCCCUGCUGAGGCGCAGUUUGAGUGCACUGGGGACAUCGCUGAUGACAUGGAAAAGCAGCUGCAGGCGAACAACAUCCGCAUCAGCGUCCUGGAGGAAGAGAACUCGCGGCUCAGGACCGCACUAGCCAAAAUGAAAGAAACAGCCCAGGAAGGAGUGUUAAGGCAACCCUUCCCUCGCACACAGACCUCCAAGCAGCACAGUGCCCCAUCGGCUUGCGAGUGGCCAAGCCAGCAGCCAGAGCACAGCACUCCAGAGACCGCCAAGCAGCCAUCUAAAGCCAUCCUCCGCAGAGGCCACGUGGAAGGCAAUGUCCUGCGUCUCCCUUCCAGUCGAGAACUCGGCCAUCAACACUUACGCCAGACUGAAAGGGAAAGGCAGCGCAGCCAGAGUCCAGGCCCGCUCAGCUCACAGCCCCAGGAACCACCAGAAAUAGAACCCCAGGAGAGCAACCCCUGCUGGAGGUGUUCAGCUAGGGACACAAAUAAAGCUGUUUACUGUUCAUCCCCAAGGCUCCCUCCGAGUGCAGGGCUGCUGUCUGUGACAGUGAAAGAGCCGCAAAAGGGCUGUGCCACGUGGGAGCCCAGGGCUUCUCUGCCACUCACUGCUUCCUAACUGAGAUGGGCCACUUGCUGGAGUCAGGUAGGUCAGCUUGUGGGGGACACAAGUUUGCAGAUGACACUAAACUGGGAGGAGUUGUAGAUACACUGGAGGGUAGGGAUAGGAUACAGAGGGACCUAGACAAAUUAGAGGAAUGGGCCAAAAGAAAUCUGAUGAGGUUCAACAAGGACAAGUGCAGAGUCCUGCACUUAGGAUAGAAGAAUCCCAUGCACUGAUACAGACUAGGGACCUAAUGGCUAGGCAGCAGUUCUGCAGAAAAGGACCUAGGGGUUACAGUGGACGAGAAGCUGGAUAUGAGUUGACCAGCAUGCCCUUGUUGCCAAGAAGGCUAACAGCAUUUUGGGCUGUAUAAGUAGGGGCAUUGCCAGCAGAUCAAGGGAUGUGAUCAUUCCCCUCUAUUCGACAUUGGUGAGGCCUUAUCUGGAGUACUGUGUCCAGUUUUGGGCCCCACGCUACAAGAAGGAUGUGGAAAAAUUGGAAAGAGUCCAGCAGAGGGCAACAAAAAUGAUUAGGGGUCUGGAACACAUGACUUAUGAGGAGAGGCUGAGGGAACUGGGAUUGUUUAGCCUGCAGAAGAGAAGAAUGAGGGGGGAGUUGAUAGCUGCUUUCAACUGCCUGAAAGGGAGUUCCAAAGAGGAUGGACCUAGACUGUUCUCAGUGGUACCAGAAGACAGAACAAGGAACAAUGGUCUCAAGUUGCAGUGGGGGAGGUUUAGGUUGGAUAUUAGGAAACACUAUUUCACUAGGAGGGUGGUGAAGCACUGGAAUGGGUUACGUAGGGAGGUGGUGGAAUCUCCUUCCUUACAGGCUUUUAAGGCCCGGCUUGACAAAGCCCGGCAGGGAUGAUUUAGUUGGGGAUUGGUCCUGCUUUGAGCAGGAGGUUGGACUAGAUGACCUCCUGAGGUCCCUUCCAACCCUGAUAUUCUAUGACGUCAUGCCUUGCAAACAGCAUCUCCUCUGGUGGAGGAAGAAUCAUUGGCAGCUCCACAAGGAGAACCAGCCGGACCUCCCGGAGCAGCAGGAUGGCUGCUGUGAGGGAGGCUGCCCAGGAGGAGGUGGGAAGGACGAAAGGACUGAGGGAUCUUCUCAGGGAUCCAGAGGAUCUCAUGAAAACAGAACCCAUGUGAAAGGCUGUGUGCUUUCCCACCUUCCAGCAGGAGAGAUCACUCUGUUCCCACAUAGGAGCCCCUGGGGGGGGGGGGCUAGGAAUCAAGAGCUCCAUCACAGCCUGGAUCAUACCCCCUCCUGUGGUUUAACAUCCAGUGCUUGCUGCACACCCCUGCCCCAUCCUGGUUGGGUUUUGACAGCACAUUGUGCUGCAAGGGCAGGAGGAAACAGGGCAGAGAGUUGAGUUGCAAUAAAAGAUUCAAGAGUUAAGACUUUUAACCAGUAAGAUUGCAGUUGGCAAAUGACUGCGAGAAAAGGGGUGGGGAGAACAGGAAGGACUCUAUUGAGUGACUGCUAUAUAAAA